UGGUAUGUUUUGAGUACUACUAGUAUGUGGUCGUCUUCGUUCGAGGUCACGUAAAUAUUGACAAGCCAAAGCAGACUGAUUGAAGCCCUGUUUCUUAAAGUGCAGUGGAUAGAUAUACUACGAGAAAUGGCUGUAAAGCUGAAUAAAACUCCGAUUAAAUCUGAUGUUGAUUUAGAUAACAGAGAUUGGCCUGACUUCCUUUGUGGUGCUGGCGCUGCCUUUACAAACAUAUUGAUAACCUUUCCUGCUUAUAAGAUUAUGUUCAGACAGCAGUUAGAAGGAAUAGUACUCAAGAAGGCUGCAAAGCAAGUAUUUCGUGAAGGAAUAUCGAAUCUGUACCGUGGUGUUAUCCCGCCUUUAAUUCAACGUGGGACAUCUCUCUCACUAAUGUUUGGCUCUUACCAUAAAUUCCAAAGAAUUCUGUCGCAAACUCUUACAGAUGUGAAUCCUACAGUAGUCAAUGCUUUUGCUGCUUUACUUGCUGGUUCAGUUGAAGCAACACUUACRCCAUUUGAAAGGGUWCAAAUUCUGCUCUCAGAUAGAGCUUUCAAUGAAAGAUUCUCCAAUACUUAUCAUGUUUUUAAGGAAAUCCGAAUCAAUUACGGGUUUAGGGAAUAUUACCGCGGGCUCACUGCUAUUUUACUUAGGAAUGGUCCAUCAAAUGUCUUGUUCUUUGGCUUUAGAGGAAAAAUCAAAGAAACACUGCCAGAAUCAUCUACCAAGAUGGGGAACAURGCAAAUGAUUUUGUUAGCGGUGCUGUUCUAGGUGCAGCACUUAGUACUUURUUCUUUCCAGURAAUGUCGUCAAGAAUCAAAUGCAGAAGAAUCUAGGAGGAGAGUUUACUAGCUUUAUCAAGACAUUUAUUUUGGUAUAUAAUGAGAGAGGGCGGAGUAUUAAAAGGUUAUACUAUGGUCUUCCCUUGAACUACACAAGAGCUCUUGUCUCUUGGGGGAUUAUCAACUGUACAUAUGAAGAAUUGAAGAAAUUGAUUGGAAAAUUGAACUUAUAGCCAUAUUAGGACUGGCUUUAUAAACUGCUUAAAAAACAUUAUUCACAUACAUAGAUAUUAACAAAUGCUGAAAAUGAUGGUUUGAAUUACGGUCAUUAAAUGUGUAAGGAAUUGUGAUCAUUACUAUCUGGUUCAGCCAAUGAGAUGACAGCUCGCCAACAUAGUUGGCUUCAUAUCUCAGUUGUUACAGGACUGCAUCGUCAUCACAGAGGUCAUAGGUUUGAUUCCCUUUGAAGCCUGAAAUGUUUUAGGGCGAUACAUUUAUUAAUAAUCAGAUUAUUAUUAUACUGCAAUGAUCACAAUUUCUUACACAUUCACCAAACUCAAACCUUCAUUUUCAAAAUAUAACAAUGUUGGUAUAUAUAAUGUAAAAUCAACACAUUGUUUUWAGUAUUCAAAUUUAUUCUUAUAUCAAAGUAUUACCAUUCAUAAAGUUUGUGUAUGAGUUAUUGAUUUUGCAUCUUUUUUCAAUAGUACAGAAAACAAAAUAGAAAUAGAAAUUCAUUUAAAAUUAUGUUAAUGUAAAAUCAUGUGAYAUUUUUUUAUUUUAAUAAAUGACAUGAACAUCA